CGCUCGCCCCCCAGGGCGCCGGGACCUCCGCGCUCGAACAGAAACUGCUCUUCCAUUGAUUCGCCCGGACGGGCAGCGGCCGGUGCGCGUGUCCCGAGCGCGUGCGGAAGGCAGAGGGGCAGGAAGUCGGUCUUCUGCGGCGAGCGGGGCGGCACCGCGCAGGGGACGGAGCCUCCCUCACUUAUGUGUCUGCCGCCCUGCGCCGCCGACACCCGAAGACUUCAGGGAGCGUCUCGGAACCGCGUUCCCCGCGUGUGAGGCACGGAGGGGCUGGAUGUCCAGCAACAUGAUUAUCCAUUAACCUCCGAACUUUUCUUUUUAACCCAAAGAAUAUCGGUGAUUUUUGUCCACUGCCAGCAGCAGAAGAGAGAACCCAGGGCUCUUGAAAUGCAGCAAAAUCCUUAUUUAUAAACAGGCCGAGGUCGUGAUAUGCACGGCCGCUCUGCUCGCUGAAUUUUCUAUCCUAUGGAUAUCGGUCUUGAGCUUUGAGAUUGCAGAGCGGUCCUGUCUGCACUGGGUCCCGCGGCCUCCAUCCUUUCAAUGCCCAGUUUUCUCUGGGACUGCUGGCCUUCUCUGGAGAUCAGAGCGGUACUGUGUGCCAUGGGCUGUAUUCAGAGCAUCGGGGGCAAAGGCAGAGUCUUCCGGGAAGGUAUCACGGUGAUGGACGUGAAGGCGUCCAUUGACCCCAUCCCCACCAGCAUCGACGAGUCCUCCAGCGUGGUGCUGCGCUACCGGACACCCCACUUCCGCGCCUCGGCUCAGGUGGUCUUGCCCCCGAUCCCCAAGAAGGAGACCUGGGUGGUCGGCUGGAUCCAGGCGUGCAGUCAUAUGGAGUUCUACAACCAGUAUGGGGACCAGGGCAUGUCCAGCUGGGAGCUCCCCGACCUCCAGGAAGGCAAGAUUGAGGCCAUCAGCGACUCAGACGGGGUGAACUACCCCUGGUACGGCAACACCACGGAGACGUGCACCGUCAUGGGCCCCACCAAGAGAGACUCCAAGUUCAUCAUCAGUAUGAACGACAACUUUUACCCCAGCGUCACGUGGGCCGUGCCCGUCAGCGAAAGCAACGUGGCCAGACUGACCAACAUCUACCGGAACCAGAGCUUCACCACGUGGCUGGUGGCCAGCAACACCACGACAAACGACAUGAUCGUUCUGCACACGCUGCACUGGCACAUGCAGCUUAGCAUCGAGGUGAACCCGACGCGGCCCCUGGGCCAGCGUGCCAGGCUGCGGGAGCCCGUCACCCAGGACCAGCCCAAAAUCCUGAGCAAGAACGAGCCGAUCCCGCCCAACGCCCUGGUCAAGCCCAACGCCAACGACGCUCAGGUCCUCAUGUGGCGGCCCAAGUACGGGCUGCCGCUGGUGGUGAUCCCGCCCAAGCACUGGUGACGGCCAGGGCGCCCCGCUAGGUUAGACUCAAAUAAUAAUUCUGCUCCAACAAAACCCACGCGGACUCUCAGUCAUUCAGCGAAACACAACCACUCUACCUGCUCCAGCGGGCAGCCCUCACUGUGCGAAUGCCCCCCGGGAGGGCCUCCCCGCCCCUCCGAGGACCCUGCUUCUUGGCGGGGAGGGGGAGACCCAGCCGGGACAGACCAGCCCCAUGUGCGCCCUUCAGUGUCACCUUGGGUCUCCCUCCCUCUCCUUUCUCACACUUUCAGCCAUUCUCUUGCAACAGACUCCCCGAAACAACUGCUUUUUCAGUUCUUUUUUUUUAAACGCCUCUCUAGGAGGUUCAAGGGAGGGGGGAAGGAGGAGCUGACGCUGAGGCUGGUCCGAGCGCCGUCGUCGCUGGUUUGUGACAGUGUCGGGCCGCCCCGCGGCAGCUCCCUCUCGCCCUCUGUUAUGCGGCCUUAUGCAGACUUGCUUUGCCAAACUUUUGCCUUAAGCUGAAUUUAAAGGAAAAAAACCCACAGCAGACAAAGAAAGCAGGAUCUCUUUUCUACUGGACUUUUCAUCUCCGCUGGAGGUGAGGGAGGGGGCUGGGUCAGGGGUGAGAGGAAGGUGCCUUGGAGCCCCUUCUCCCCGGUGUCUUGGGAGUGGGGCAGGGGUACAGAUUUAGACCUAAAACCAGCUGCUUACUCCUUAUUUCAGCAGAAACGGAACCACAGACUCUGCCUCAAGAGCCCCUUCUCUCAGCCCAGGCAGAAUCCCCGCCCCUGCAGAGAAGGCAGGGCCGUGAGCUCUGUGGCCGCUUCUCUCCUCUCUCGCAGCCUUCACUUGCCUUGGGUGGGCCCAGGAGAGAGGGAGGGGCCUGUGAGGUGGAGGUUGAGCCCAGGGAACUUUCUGCCUCAGUCCUCAGCACCCAUCCGCAGGUGGGUCUGCCCGCACAGCUCAGUGCGCGGCUUUUCCUUGUCCACCCACACUGGUCCCAGACACGCAGCCACCUUGACCCAGUUUUGGUUCAAAGGUAAGAAAGGCAUGCACUUCCUUCCUGGCUCCUUCUCAGGGGACAUGCUCCCAGGUGCUCUGGGGGCUUCAGAUGGGCUCACAGUGCUGGAGGAGGGGGAGCUGUGAAGGGGGCCCCCACGGACAGGCGUUCCUGGAUCUGGGGAGCCUGGGGGGGCAGAGGGCAGGCUCUCCCCUGCUGCUUAUCCUCAAGUGAGUCAACCAGGGCCCAGGGCUGGGGCAUCAGUGGGCCCAUGGAUGGCAGGCAUCGGAGCCACCCUGGAGGCUGGUCUGGCAGCAUGGCUGGUCCUCAAGGGCCACCCUCCCUCGGCUCCUGGAGCCCUCGAAUUGGUCCCCAGCGUCGCCGAGCUUUCUUAGCAAUGUCUGCCCUGAAGGCUGCUCGCCUGAGCUGUGGGGGGCACCCACUGGAGCCCCCUUCCUCCAGGCUUGCCAAACCCACAGCUAUAUCACCCAGGCCCCGCAUUCAAACGAAUCAUCAUCAAGCACAGAAAACUGUCAGAAAAGAAAAAUAAUCCAUUUCUGCUGUAGAUGAGCCACUGAUAGGAGUCCCCGUGACAACGUGGGAGGGCUGGGGUCACCUAAGCCUCGCUCUAGUCCUUCAUCCACAUGACACUGUAUUUAUUCAGGGGUGCUUAACGUCCAGUGCCGCUCCGAGCCCGGCUCCCGACGGGAGGCGCGCAGCUGUCCUGGAAUGACUGGACUGGAAGCAGCUUUGCCUUGCCGGCCGCUGGCGUGGUGCUUGGGGAACACCGCUGUCAGGCCCAGGAACCCCCUGGAAGCUGCCGGUUCCCCGUGGUGUGUACAGACACCCUGCCACCCAGAGAGGCCAAGUGAGGGGAGUGGUGUGUCCCUGCCCCAACCUCUGGGGGCGGGCCUGGGAGGGAGCAGGGUGACAGUGUCCAGCUUCCGGGGACAGGACCUGGCCUCCUGAGGAAUGGUCCUUCUCUGCACUCAGGUCUUUCUUGCACUAAAAAGGAGAAAGGGCCCUGCACGAGGGGUCAGGAAGCCGGAGUUGUGGUUUGGGGCUGGGUCACUGCUCAGGGGUUCUUACUGGGGUAGGGGGUGGGCACAGGAAAGAACAGGGAGGGGUGAACUGAGCUGUCUUGGGGCAGAGUCCCCAAGACCCACACUUCCUGAGUGAGCGAGCCCGCAUGGCAGGGGCACAGUGCCGUGCACUUGGAGGGGAGCGAUGCUGCUCUGGCUGCCUUGCCCGGCCCACCGCAUGCCUGGGCCCCAGCUCCCCGUGCUCCCUGGCUCCUCCUACCCGCCUACCUCCUUGCCCCUUUCUCUCUGUCCCGCCACCCCGGCCUUUCUGGAGACAGGGCUGGGGAGGCCCUGGAGAGGCUGCAGGCCCAGCCAAGGAUGCUCGGCCUAGCUUGGGUCUGGUCCCUCGGCCUCCUCCCUUGUGUCAGGAGCACAGACCCCAGGCAUCUCGCCUGGGACCCCGAUCCCUCUGGUGUCCCCCUUCCCUGGCGUGGACACACUCCUCCAGCAAUAAGGACCUUCGUGGUCGUGGAGAGUACUGUGAAAACAAACCAAUGCAUUUACCAGGAGGCACAAGACUCUUGAAGAAAAUGUAAAAUGAACCUUUUUUUAAAACAAAUAUUCACAAAGAGAAAUAAAAAGUAAUUUUAAAGUA